AUGAUCAGCUGGCACAUUUGGGCCGCCGCGCUGCUAGCCGUCCACCUGGUCCGUGUGCAGCUCCGCCGAUUCUCGCACUACCGUCACAUUCACAAACGCUAUGGUACACGCUACUCUCUCCCCAGUGUCGGUGCCAAUCCGGACAAACCACGUAUGAUCGAUUCGUACAAGGGCAUACGCGAUGCACAGCGCAUCGCGCGUCUGUCUGGCAACUUUGACUAUCCGUUUGUCUUUGCAAAGUCGCUCGAGUUUGCGCUCUUCCGAACCUAUGGUAUUCCCACCAUCUCUUCGCUCUUGUUGCACACUGGUCAGCUCGGCAAAGCUGAGAAUGCAGGUCGUCGAUAUGUCGAUACCGCCGCCUUGAUUCAGGCGUUCAUGACGUUUCCCGUGCCUCGUCUGGAUCUACCUGACGGCGGAGAGGCGGAAUCACGUAGCUCGGACGACGGCGACGACAAUUGGGAGCAUUUCGGGGAAGAUCCCGAUGACCCUCGAUCGUCUAUCGCUUUAGCCCGUGUCAACUAUCUGCAUGGCAGGUGGAAGAGCAAGAUCUCCAACGACGAUCUCAAGUACACUCUCAGCACCUUCGUUAUCGAACCUGCCAAGUGGGUUGAUCAGUACGAAUGGCGAUCCUUCAGUGCACUCGAAAAGGAAGCGCUUUUUGCGCUCUUCUACCACAUUGGUAGAUGCAUGGGCAUCACCGACAUCCCUGACAACCUGCAAGACUUUACCGAAUGGAGCCGAGACUAUGAACGAAACUACAUGGUUUUCCAGCAGUGCAAUAAGGACGUUGCGGAUCACACGACCAACUUGCUCAUGUAUGCUCUGCCUCAGUUCGCCCAUGGAUUUGCAAGGAACCUCGUCUCCUCGUUCAUGGACCAGAGGCUCAGAGAGGCGAUCGGCUAUCCUCCAGCGCCUGCCUGGAUCGUGACGUUCAAGGACGUCAUGUUUGGCAUUCGCGCCUUGGUCAUGCGAACCUUGAUGCUACCAAGGAGCAAGCCUCUCAGCAACAUUCCUGUUGCAGCCGAUGAAAAUGGACAUGUGUUUUCGAUCGAAAGUCUCCUCUCGGACGGUAUCCCUGCUGUUUGCCCUGCUUCUGGCGCACGUGCUCAGGAUGGCAAGGUGUGCCCCGUUGGCGGACACCUCCACGCUGAUGCCCCGACGUCUAAAGAUGCCGAAAAGCGGUUCAAGCCAGCCGCUUGGCGGAUGGAGCUGUCGUGGUACGAGAACGAGCCGGUCUACGCGCGCGCUUUCCCCAAACAUUCGGCUGGCUGGUUGGCAGAAGAAGUCAAGAUCGCUCUUGGUCUCCUGCGCAGACAGGACCGAAGAGGAGCCCAACGAUGGAUGCCCGCCACGCUGCCUGUGCCGGAAGCAUUCAAGAGCAACACCGAGAACGGCGAGCCAAUUCAAGGGUUUGGCGGAUUCCGACUCGAAGAGAUGGGUCCCAAAGGACUCGAAUUCAAAGGUCGCAAAGAGGUUCUUGAGAAUGCAGAGAAGCUGUACGGUCGAAAGAUCGACGGAAGGUGGGGCUUUGAUCCAUGA